AUGCCAGGGCUGUGGCCCAUGCCCCAGUUCUGCACCCUGCCUGCUGCCCACUGCUCUGUGGGUGGGCCCCUUGACCUGUGGGCUGUUGGGUGCUGUCUGAGCACAGCAGAGGCACAUGUGUGGGAGAAGGCACGCACAGACAACGUGGGUGACUCUCGGAGCUCCAGACAUAAGAGAUGCCUUGCAAGGAGAGGGUUCUGGCCCAGCCUGGCCCCGAGAUGCUCUCAGGGCAGAAGCGUGGGAAGGGCCGUGAGGCCAACAGCAGAGGGGGUCUGUGCCUCCCUGGUGACUUCCCCUCCACUGUUGCUUAGUCACUGGCAGUGGAGGAGUCUGUGGACCAAGUUUGAUCAGACCAAGAUCCAGGGCCGCAUCCUUCUAGAUCUUUCCUUCCAUGAGCAAGAAAGUGGCGGUGGUUCGGCCUCAGCUGUCUUCUUUCACACGUUCCUGGAGGGUGGGGGACAGUGGCCCCUGCGGCUCCGGGAAGAGGCCUGGCGGGGGUUUGCUGCCCUGGAUGACCCACUGACCGGACUCCUGGACAUGCUGGAAGGCAGCCAGGCCUGGCAGCGGAAGGGCCCCUCCCUGGAGGCCUGGGUAGUCUGUGAGCUGCACCGCUGGCUGCAGGCACGGCCACUCCCUGCGUCGGCCCAGCACAGCUCAAGGCUGCAACAGCUACAGGCCCGUGCAGUCAGGGUCCUCGCCAGGAGCCCCCCUAGUCUCGUGGAGCCACUGGUCAGCAUCUUCCAGCUGCAGGACGCAGACCGGAGGCCCCUGCUGACUCACAUCCACCAGCUCCACCAGGAGGGCAAGUUCAAAGAAGCUGUCGUGCUGGGCUCCAGGCUGAAGUUGCAGCCAGCACUUGAUGUUGAAAAGAUGUGCACCCCACUGCUCCUCCAGGACAGAGUGAGCCUCGUGGAGCGUUAUGUGGCCGGCUUCCCGGACCUCCAGAGGAAGCUGCUGGGCCUCCUGGACUCCUGGUGCCGGCCCGGCUUUGACAUCGGAGUUGUUGCCAGGCAGCACCCACAGGUGACCUCGAGGCUGGAGAGGCUGAGUCCCAGAGUGCUAAGUCGGCGGGUCCUGAGCCAGCUGGAGCGGCUGGGCCUGGACCCGGGUGGGGUGCCAGAGGCAGCUGCUGAGGGGGACCCCGCCAGGCCCGAGCUGGAAGUGUGGGUCAUCAUGGGCACAGUGCUGUCCCCAGCCCUGGGCGAAGCAGCCUUGGAAGAAGAGCCGGGCAGCACAGCCCAUCCCAUCUGUCCCCAGGGCCUGGUGGGCCGGGAAGAGUGGCCCCAAGAGAUGGUAGUGCGGCUGCUGGCCUCCCCCGGCAACGAGGCCGUGGCCGCGCAGUGCGCCCUGGGCCUCUCAGUGCCCGAGGAGCAGCUGCCAGCCACAGUGGCUGCCGAGCUCCGCCGGCUCGAACUCCAGGAGAGGGUGGCCAGGGCGCCUUUGGAGGACAGGAAGGGUGAUUAUUACCAGCUGCCCAUCGCCAGGGAGGACAUCCACUUCCUGGCCUCUUGGGAGGACUUGGCCAGGCAUGAGGAGGCGUUGCUGCAGCCCGGCCAGGUGGUCGGGGUAGACGUGGAGUGGAGACCCUCGUUUGGCACGGGGGGCCGGCCCCAGGCAUCAGUCAUGCAGUUGGCAGUGGAGGGCCGCGUGUUCCUGCUGGACCUGCCUGUGCUCUCGCGGCCAGCGGGAGGGCAGGUGUCGAAGGCCUUCUCCAGGCUGGUGUCCCGGCUGCUCUCGGACCCCUCCAUCACGAAACUGGGUUAUGGGCUGGCGGGGGACCUUCGGAGCCUGGGUGCUUCCUGCCCGGCCCUGGCGCACGUGGAGAAGCAGCUGUGGGGCGGCCUGGACCUGCUGCGGGUGCACAGGCAGAUGCGGGUGGUGAACAUGCCAGCUGGAGGCACGUAUGAGGCCAGGGGGCUGCGGGGCCUCAGCCUCCUGGUGCGGCAGGUCCUGGGCAAGCCCCUCGACAAGACGCAGCAGCUCUCUAACUGGGAUCGGCGGCCGCUGAGCGAGGGGCAGCUGGUUUACGCAGCUGCUGACGCCUACUGCCUGCUGGAGGUGCACCAGGCGCUGAGCAGAGAGCCUGCCAGCUUCUCCCUGUCUGAGGACCUGGCCAGGAGCCUGCAGCCGCCAGGGUGCAGUGAGAGACCCGGGGCCCGGGAGCCGCCCCGCCUGCAGGAGGCCUCAGCCCUGCCUUGGCAGGUGCCUGUGGCCGAGCGCGAGGACGCCGCUCCAGAGGUCCCGGCCAGGGCCUUCCGCGUGGUGUGCGACAACAUGCUGCAGGGGCUGGCAAGGAGCCUCCGCUGCUUGGGCGCGGACGUGCACGUGCUGGGCACCAACGAGGACCACCGAAGGGCAGCUGAGGUUGCCAGGCAGGAGGGAAGGAUCAUCUUGACGUCGGGGCUGCCAUACCACAAGCUCCGGGCCCAGGUCGGGGCUGGGCGCUGCCUCUGGGUGGACUGCUCCCUCAAGGCCCGUCAGCAGGCCAAGGCCGUGCUCAGGCAUUUCAACGUUCGAGUCACCCACGCAGACAUCUUCAGCCGCUGCCAGGCCUGUAACUGUGACCAGUACCUGAAGGUCUCCAAGGACAUGAUGAAGCAGCUGGUGAGGCUCAGCAGCCGCCCGGAAGGCCCCAGCAUCACAGGUGAUGAGGCCACCCAGAGCGAGGACAUACAGGAAGCAGGCUCAGCCCCAGAGGAGGCCCCCGGGGGCUGUACCUACGACCCACCUUGCCGCUGGCUGGAGGCCGCAGACCUGCGGGCUGGUGCGCCUGCCACACUGGCCAGUGGCACCCGGCUGCAGCUGGCAGGGGUCCCAGAGGGCGUGCUGCGGCGGCCGGGGCUACGCCAUUUCUACUGCUGCUCUGGCUGUGGCAAGGUCUUCUGGGAGGGCUCCCACCUGUGCCGCGUCACCUCGCAAUUCAGCCAGAUCCUGAGCAGCGCCUCCAGCUCCUGGAAGCAGAGCUGA